UUUGAUAUAGAAACUGUACUUAAUAUACACAACAUAAUACAGCGGUAUUGUAUUUGCAAUUGCAACAACAUCAGAAGCAGCAAUAGAAGUUACAGUAGCAGAAGCAAGCAGGAGCAGCAUUAAAAAGCGCCACAGAUCCUUCCCUCAAUAAAACUGAUGGUAUAAAACUACUUCUACGGCGGCUCUUAUGAUUCAACGGUAACACACACAGUUUUGCUGGCUGGUACAAAAUAUAUACAACAUUGAGCUUGAAGCAACAGCAGCAGUUAAAGGGCAACGGCAACAGCAAAGGUAGCGUGGAAAGAAUUCGUUAAAAGGCUUCAAGAUGCUCCUUAAAUGGUUCGUCCUUUGCCUUUGGGCAAUGCCAGUGCUUACCGGAACAAAAAAAUGCCCUAUGGAAUGUUCGUGUUCAACGGACGAAAAAGAUCGCUAUCAAACGCUUUGUUUAAGAGGCGGCUUAUCAGCAUUUCCUGCCAGUCAAUUGGAUCCUGAUGUCAGAGUUGUUAUCAUCAAAGGACCAAAAAACUCAAUAACAAUUGGACCGAUUUUUAAAUCAUUUGUUAAGUUGGAAAUCCUUAAGAUAACUGACUCGAAUGUUCCUGCAAUUGGACAUGAAACAUUCUGGGGAAAUGUUCAUUUAAGGAUAUUGGAUCUAUCUAAGAAUAACAUAACCAAUGUAUCUGAAAAUAAUUUCCGAGGUCAAGACAACCUACACGAAUUGGAUUUAUCGAAAAAUAAAAUCUACAGUAUGGCAACACUUACGUUUCGCCAUUUAACGGAUUUAAGGCGACUCAAUUUGGCAGACAAUUCUAUCGAAGAAUUAGUUCAUAGAAAUUUCUUCAUGCUAAAUAAACUCAAGUACCUCGACCUGAGUGGAAAUCCGUUGCAGGAUCUUCAGCCGGAUGUAUUUCGUGAUGUACCCGAGCUCAGGAUACUCAAAUGUCGGAAUUGCCAGUUGAAAAAGAUAAAUCCACAUUUGUACGAUUUCCUGCCACAUUUAAGUGAGUUGGAUUUUGGUCGAAACGAGUUUAAAUUCAUGGACAAAGAUGAAUUCAGAGAUGUCAAACGAUUGACGAAAGUUCUUUUAGAUGGUAAUCAAUUGUCAGUGGUUGUGGAUGAACUUUUCCGUAUGCAAAAGAGCUUAGAACAUUUAGAUCUUUCAUACAAUCGUUUGGCAAAAGUACCCAAUGAUGCAUUUCAAAAUUUGAUGAAUCUUACAUAUCUCGAUCUAUCGUAUAAUAAAUUAGUGCGAUUAGAACCACAAUCGGUUCGCCGAUUGACAAGUUUACAAACGUUAAAUAUAAGUGGAAAUACUCAGAUGGAUCUGCACGAAAUACGAGAUACUUUCGAGUUGAUUCCACAACUGACGUCGUUAGCUAUUGCCGACAUGGGAAUAUUGCCCAUGGGACUGUUAGUGCCUUUCAAACAAUUGCGCUAUUUGAACAUAUCUGGAAAUCAUUUGGACAAUAUGUCCCUACAAGUCAUCGAUCCAUGUCGGGAGCUUGAGUUUUUGGAUUUGUCACGAAAUCAAUUGUAUGGCAUCAACGAGGAUACAGCACUAAGGAUACAAAGCAUUCGCAAUGUGCGGCUGGACAACAAUCCUCUAAUUUGUGACGAAUGUCACAUGGGAAAAUUAAUUAAUAUUGUUAGGCAUUUGCAAUGGAAAUGGGACACAUAUCCGAUAUGUUUUCUGCCGAAAAGUUUGCGAGGUGCUGAAAUUACAGACCUUGAUAUUACUGGAUUGGAUACGUGUUUGGAAUUUAUUACUGACGAAGAAAAGGAUGCUGCAAGCACAUCGCAUAAUUUUCUUGAAAGGGGUGGCCUUAAUACACUUGCAAUUCUGGGCGGUAUUAUAUUUGUUCUAAUUGCCAUCAUUAUCCUGGCAAUGGCUGUUUGCUUCUCAAGACAUCGUGCUCGUUAUUACACGCGAGAAGACCGACGUAAUGGAGGCGAUAGUAAAUGUUUGGAAAAGAAUUCCGAUACAUCACCCGCAAUUACUGGCAACGAAAUCAACUUCAAGUUCCCAAUUGAUGACCGAGUUUGUACGAUUGAUGAGCUUGUCUUGCCGCCAGCACCGCCACCACCCACAAAAUCACCCCCCGGGCCACUCACAUCGCUGCAGAGUCAACAAACAGUUGCAACAUCUCAAGCACAGUCGAGUAUACAUUUGCCGGUAGCAUCCAAAGCAACAGCAAUAACAGUUCCAACCCCAACCCUUCACACGACGACGUCAUCAGGAAGACUUCCAGCAUCAAUAACAACUCCUUCAUCCAUAUCCUGUUCGUCCUCCCAGCAUCAGCAGCAUCAACAGCAGCAGCGUCAAUCUCAUUCAAACAUUGUGAUACCACCAACUGCAGAAUCAUCAGCAGCACCACCAGCAGCAGCAGCAUUAGCGACUGAUUCCCGGAAUAUGGCAUCGGAAUUGAAUCCUGCCAACUGCAACGACCAAAUGCAACAAAACAUUACCCCAACAACGACUACAGAAACCAUAGUCGAAGUUGGCCUCAACUGACCCCUAUCAGAUGCAGACGGCCGAAAUUAAUUGGGUUGCCGUUGACGAUGAUCCCAGUUUUUGCAGAGCUACUCCUUCAACAAAAAUGCAUUAGACAUCAAUUUGAUUUCGUUAAGAGAUCCUUAAAGGGUGUUAUAAAUUAUGUACUUCGGUCGGUGAAGCAAUAUUCAUUGGUUUCUUAUAAAUUUCAUCACUUUUCUUUCUGGCUUUUAUUUCCGUUUUUUGAAUAUUUUAUUGAGUUCUUGCAACUGAAUUGAUAAAAGUGGCAGCAUUUAUGUAAAUGAUUAAGAUUUUCAACACAUUUUUGGUUUUUAAAAAUCUUCUUUCCGGUGAUUACAAUUAUUUUUGUAGAAAAAUCAUAUUUUAAAGAUUAAUUUUAUACUAAAAACAAAAACACAUUUUUUAAGAUUUUUAAACCAUAAAAUAAGAAU